CAGAUACCACAAACAAGAUAAACUCAUUUUUUGGUGGCGGGAAACAUUCCUUCCAAUAACAAUUAAAAAUGCUUCAAAUCUCCGGCAAAGGCGGUGGCUUUGGCCAGCUCUUAGCCGCCGUCGCGGCCGCUUUAUUACUCCGUCUAUUCUCCGGCCCCGGUCCGGCGUACUUGCCGGAAACCGAAAAUGAAGACGACGGAGAGAUUUCCGAUUCCGGAGCUUCUGUUUCCGAUAAAGUUUUACCGGUGACAAUCCGGUGGACUAACAUCACGUGCUCUCUCUCCGAUAAACCUGCAAAAUCUGUGAGGUUUUUGCUUAAGAAUGUAUGUGGAGAGGCAAAACCUGGAAGGCUGCUUGCACUAAUGGGGCCUUCGGGAUCAGGGAAGACAACUCUUCUUAAUGUGUUAGCAGGUCAGACUACGGCAUCACCUCGGUUACAUUUAUCAGGCCUGUUGGAGGUUAAUGGUCAAUCAAUGUCCAACAAGUCCUUCAAGUUUGCUUAUGUCAGACAGGAGGAUCUUUUCUUUUCGCAGUUGACUGUUCGAGAGACUUUGGCUCUUGCAGCUGAACUCCAGUUAAAGGGAACAUAUUCAAAGGAAGAUAGAGAUGAAUAUAUAAACAACCUCUUGUUCAAACUAGGCUUGGUCAGUUGUGCUGAUACACGAGUUGGGGAUGCAAAAGUUCGUGGAGUAAGCGGCGGCGAGAAGAAACGAUUAUCAAUGGCUUGUGAACUCAUUGCUAGUCCAUCAGUGAUAUUUGCUGAUGAACCCACAACUGGACUUGAUGCUUUUCAAGCAGAAAAGGUGAUGGAAACCCUUCGACAACUUGCACAGGAUGGGCAUACUGUAAUAUGCUCAAUACACCAACCCAGAGGUUCAGUCUAUGCAAAGUUUGAUGACAUCGUGUUGCUGACAGAGGGUGAACUUGUUUAUGCUGGUCCUGCAGGGGAUGAAAUAUUGACCUACUUCUCUAAAUUCGGGUAUAUUUGCCCAGACCAUGUUAACCCUGCUGAGUUUCUAGCUGAUAUGAUAUCAAUCGACUAUAGCUCAUCUGAUAGUGUUGACUCUUCCCGCAAAAGGAUAGAUAGUCUCGUGGAGUCAUUUUCUCAACUAAUUUCAUCAAUCUUUUAUGCAUCAACGCUCACCAAGCCCUUGAAUGAUCAAACUAACUUAAGAAGAAAAUUUACAGCCAAAGGAGUAGGUGGUUGGUGGAGGCAAUUUUCAUUACUUCUUAAACGUGCAUGGAUGCAGGCUUCCCGUGACGGGCCAACCAAUAAAGUCCGGACAAGGAUGUCAAUCGCAUCAGCUUUGAUCUUUGGCUCAGUUUUUUGGAGAAUGGGAAGGUCUCAGACAUCAAUACAGGAUAGAAUGGGCUUGCUUCAGGUUGCUGCUAUAAAUACUGCAAUGGCUGCACUUACAAAGACUGUCGGUGUCUUUCCAAAGGAACGUGCAAUAGUUGAUAGAGAGCGGGCAAAGGGUUCUUAUAUGCUAGGACCAUAUUUGUUAUCUAAGUUGAUUGCGGAGGUCCCUAUUGGAGCUGCAUUCCCAUUAUUAUUUGGCACUAUUCUUUAUCCUAUGGCACGUCUUCAUCCAACCCUAUCAAGAUUCGGUAAGUUCAGUGGAAUAGUAACUGUGGAGUCAUUUGCUGCAUCUGCUAUGGGUUUGACUGUGGGGGCUAUGGUUCCAACCACUGAAGCUGCUUUGGCACUGGGGCCUUCUCUCAUGACAGUUUUCAUAGUAUUUGGUGGAUAUUAUGUCAAUGCAGACAACACCCCAAUCAUCUUUCGCUGGAUUCCCCGAGCUUCUCUCAUAAGAUGGGCAUUCCAAGGGCUUUGCAUCAAUGAAUUUAAAGGUCUUCAGUUUGAUCACCAAAAUUCCUUUGAUAUACAGUCAGGAGAACAGGCUCUGGAAAGGCUUUCUUUCGGGGGUAGCAACAUAUCCGAGACAGUGAUGGCUCAAAGUAGAAUUCUUGCGUUUUGGUACUUCACCACAUACCUCCUCCUAGAGAAAAACAAACCUAAAUAUCAACCCCUUGAACAACCACCAGUCGACCAAACUGAACCACAAUUAGAGCCCGAUCAGCCUGUAGAAAGUGAUGACUCCCAGUCCCCGGGCCAAUCAUUUGAAAUCCUCGAGACUCCAACUGUUGACCAAGGUAAACCCGAUCCUCUGCAGCUUGAAUCUCCUCCUGCUACUGCCCAACUUAGUCUGUUUGACUUAGACGGCUUCUGAUUGUACAUGGGCAUACCAAAAUAUAUUGUUUAAUUGAUCUCAUACAGCAGGUUCUAUCUAAAGGAUAUGCAUGCUGAUGGUGUGGAAAAAAAUAAGCAACAUUGCACCUCAUGCAAUUACCUAUUACCUGUGUUCUAGGUAAAGCUCAGUAGCAGUUUUAAUAAAACGUGUCAGCUUAGAAUUUACAUGUAAAAAAGAUAGAAACAAAGAAAAAACUUACAAUUGUGGCUUCUUAGUCAUCAUGUUUACUGGAUUUUUAAUUGAAUCCGUCAUGAAUUUCUGGUA